UAAAAAGAGGAUCAUUGGCUUCUCUCUUUCUCUCUCUAAAAAAAAGUUGGAUUUCAAAUUUUUUUUUUUGCAAAGAUCCAUGAAAAAUGAGCCCUGAAUCGUCAUUUUCGAAGCAGAGUUGGUGCUAUUUUCCCUAAUUCACCCUCAAAGUCCAGUCUCAAGGCAAGUUUUGGGGUUUUGUUUGCCCUAGUUUCUCGAGGUUCAAUUUCAACGUGGAGUUGGUGGAGGAAUGACGAGGAGGGAGAAAUAACUGGGCGUAGUUGUGUAUUUAUGCGAGAAUUUUGGGAUUAUUCAAUUUUCGUGCAAGUAGAAGUGGAUUUGGUGGGGAUAUUGGAAAGUGAGUGGUUAUCAGAGUUGGGGUUAGGGUUUAUACUUUAAUAUGCAUAGUUGUUGUUCUCAAUACUUGUAAAUUUGGUUGAUCAUAUUUGGAAUUCCGUGAAUAGAGACUGAGAAAUUGUAUAGGGUCUGUGGUUGACUGUAUUAUCUGCAUAGAUAUUCAGCAAAAUCUCCCAAAUUAAGAGUGCCAGACAUCUUUACAUGUAUGAAUAUUUGAAGCAUACUAGGAAAACAAAUGAGCUUAUUUCAAUUUCGCAAAGUUGUUUGCUGAAAGAUUUUGGGGACAGUUAUGGGGUGCCGUUGCUCCAAAGCUUCUGUUAUUGAAGACAGUAAUGAAAGCCCACAGGAAAGAGUAUCAAGCAAAUCUUCAGCUAGGCAAAUUGUCACCCCAUUAAAGAGAGAUGAGUUUUUCGAGAAUGAAGGCAAUAAAGGGGAGGUUAUAGUAAGAUUUCCUGUAAAACAAGGGAACGGGUUGUUACAUAUAUAUGGAGAAGAGACAACAGAGAGGAAAAGAGAGAGAAAUAACCAACAUGGGGGACAAAGGAUUGCCUAUGCGGUGAAUCCUCAUCCUAGGAUUGGCAGUAUACCACGAGAUGCAGAAGGGGAACAAGUGGCUGCAGGGUGGCCUUCUUGGCUUAGUGCAGUGGCUGGAGAGGCGAUAAGAGGUUGGAUUCCACGUCGUGCUGAUUCUUUUGAGAAAUUAGACAAAAUUGGUCAAGGAACCUAUAGCAAUGUCUACAAGGCUCGUGAUCUUGAGAAUGGAAAAAUUGUUGCUUUAAAGAAAGUACGAUUUGAUAAUCUUGAGCCUGAAAGCGUUCGCUUUAUGGCAAGGGAAAUUCACAUUCUACGUCGACUUGAUCAUCCAAAUGUAAUUAAAUUGGAGGGCCUAGUAACGUCACGAAUGUCCUGCAGCCUGUACCUGGUUUUUGAAUAUAUGGAGCAUGAUCUGGCUGGUCUUGCUUCUACUCCUGGUCUGAAGUUUACUGAACCCCAGGUUAAAUGUUACAUGCAACAAUUGUUAAGUGGACUUGAUCAUUGCCACAGCCGUGGUGUUCUACAUCGAGAUAUAAAGGGUUCAAAUCUUCUAAUUGAUAACAGCGGUACUCUAAAGAUUGCAGAUUUUGGCCUAGCAACCUUUUUUUCUCUUGAUCAGAGGCAACCAUUAACCAGCCGUGUCGUUACUCUAUGGUAUCGACCUCCAGAACUUUUGUUGGGAGCCACAGAGUAUGGUGUUGCAGUAGAUUUGUGGAGUACUGGUUGCAUACUUGCAGAAUUGUUUGCAUGCAAGCCUAUCCUGCCCGGGAGAACAGAGGUGGAACAACUGCACAAAAUUUUCAAACUCUGUGGUUCACCAUCUGAGGAGUACUGGAGAAAGUCAAAAUUGCCUCAUGCUACCAUAUUUAAACCACAACAACCAUACAGACGCAGUGUCUUAGAAACAUUUAAAGAUUUUCCUCCUCCAGCAUUAGGACUUAUGGAUGUUCUCCUUGCUAUAGAUCCUGCGGAUCGUGGAACUGCAGCAUUUGCACUGAAGAGUGAGUUCUUUACAACAAAGCCAUUUGCCUGUGAUCCUUCCACUUUGCCUAAGUAUCCACCAAGUAAGGAGUUUGAUAUGAAAAUGCGGGAUGAAGAAGCCAGAAGGCAAAGAGCCGCAGGAGGAAAGAUGCACAAAUAUGACAUGCCAAGGAGAGGGCCAAGGGAAUCUAGGGCAGUUCCAGCACCAGAUGCUAAUGCAGAACUAGCCAUUUCUAUACAGAAGCGGCAAUCUCAAUCGAAUUCAAAAAGUAUGAGUGAGAAAUUCAACCACCAACAAGAGGAGAUAGCCUCUGGUUUCCCCAUCGACCCUCCGUGCCAAGCCCCCAUCUUUGGUGAACCAUGUGGCCCAUCUCAAGGGAACCACCACGUUAUUCGAAAUGGGUUCUCUCACUCUGGCCCACUGGUUCACCCGAUGCCAUGGGCCAAGAAAGAGAGAGAAGAAGACUGGGCCAAAAAGGAUAGAGAAGAUGACUAUCCCCAAAAGCUUUUGGUGGGAUCUGACCUAUCAGCUCUCUCUGGUUUGGUGGCAGUGAGGAAGAAUGGGAGGUCUGAUAACCCUAGAGAGACGGGUGUCUUUCAACCACCCCGAUAUGUGGAUGCAAGGGCUGAGUUGGUGGAUUCUUGCAAAGCUAUACCUAUUUCUCAUCAGAAGAGAGACAAGAAGGUUGGUGAUAAAGACAAAUUGUUGGGACAUGGGCUCAAGGGAAAUAAAAUCCACUAUUCAGGGCCAUUGUUGCCGCCAUCAGGGAAUAUGGACCAAAUGCUGAAGGACCACGAGCGCCAUAUUCAGGAGGCCUUCAGGCGGACACGACUAGGCAGAGCCAAGCUUCAGAGGCCACAGGCUGAUGGUUAGAGUGAAAGAGGGACCACCCUGACUGGAUUGAUUCCUGUGCAUAAAACUAGAAACAAAAGAAUGUGGUUGUUGAGAGCAAGAUUACUGGUGUAUGAGUUGGUUCGCUGAGGCAGACCCAAGUUGGUGGAAGCUGAGUGCAAAAAUGUGCAGGCGGAGUUCCUUUGUUGAGAUAUGACCAGAGCCAGUAGUUAUUUAUUUAUUUAUCUACUAGGGGAGAGAGAGAGAGAGAGAGAGUGGCGUACUUGGGUAGGUGGUGGAUUUGGCGGGUGCGCUCUUUGGGAGGAGCGAGCGGGGUGAAAUGACAAGAUUUGAAAAUGCAGCAUUUAGAACGAGAGUUUAAUGAUAUGUAAACUACCAUUUGGAAAGACCGAGGUAAAAAGAAAUGGUAUACAUAAAGGGAUUGUCUACAAAGAUAAUAUUUAACUUUUGUCGUGGUCACAAUUAUUCCCAUUCAUUAGAUGUUAUAUUAGAUGGUUUGAG